UGCUCAAGCGCAUGUGACGCGGGCCAUGCGUUAAUCGGUAAUGAAGCCAAACGAAGCAUUAAUAUGGACUUUGAUCGUGGCACUUUGUGUGGCUGAUGCCGCAAAAGUGCGACAUGCAGACGAGGUGCAGGGCAACCACUCCAAUCAGUCCGGGCUAGAGGCCUCAGCCUUGACGAAGGAGGAGCCUCCUGUGACCGCAAGCACUCGCCAGACAAACGACACAUCACUGAAGUCGUCUGCGCCGAUGCUGAACUUCCUUUUCAUGGCCUACGACCGGCUUCCUCACAAGGAGGUAUGGGAGAAGUUCUUCCAAGCCAACAAAUCAGGCUCGGACUUCCGUGUCCUGGUGCAUUGCAAAAAUGCAACAAGUUGCAGAGAGGACUUGGCGAACCAUUCCCUGUUCAAGUUGGUCGAGACGGUUGAGACUGAAUAUUGCUUUGGCCUCGUCAGUGCGAUGAACGAGCUUUUGCGAGAAGCCCUAGCUGAAGGGCCAGGGCACCGCAAUGACAAGUUUGUUUUCAUCUCGGACACGACGCUGCCAGUCAAACCGUUCCACCUCGUGCAACAACAACUCGCCCACGAUACUGGGGCAGACAACAUGCAAAACUACUGCUCGAGUGAAAGAGACAGGUCGCACUUCUGCUUCUUCCCUGGGCACUGGCUGGAAUGGCCGCACAGCUAUGGCUUUCUGAAUUUCCUGUCAGAGUUUUACCCAUGGCAUGAUGUACAAAGCAAGCAGCGAAUGGCUGCCAAGCACCACCAGUGGAUGGUGCUUAGCCGGCAGCAUGCAGAAAAGGCUGUCCAGGAGGACGGAAUGUUCCCUACGCUUCUCAAGGAGCUGAAGGUCAAUUCUGGCUUGCCAGGGACCGUGUCCGGAUGCAACGAUGAGUUUUGGCAUUUUAAUGCCUUGUAUGCCGGAAUCAAUGUCACUGGUGUUUCGGACACGUCCUUGGUGCAUUUGGAAGGCAUGGCAGGAGGUGACAUCAAAUAUGAUUCUGAUCAUCUACAAGGUCAAUGCGACACCUUUGUGUAUUGGCAAUCAAAGAACGACGGCGAUGGCAAAGAGAAGCAGUUGGGCAGCCUGCUCGAGGUAGAUGCGUUCACGCAUCUCUCGCACAAGGCUGGGCACCCUUGCGAAUUUACAAGUUUGGGCAGCAGGAGCAUCCGCGCACUGCGAAAAUCACCAUUCCUAUUCGCCCGCAAGGUCAUGCCGCAGUGCACUGUGAGUGGCCAACAUCGCGGCAAGCAGUUUCGGGAUCUCGCCGACGCCUUCGACACACUUGUCUUUUCGGACGAACAUCUAGAUGACGAGGAUGACAGCCAGCUAUCUCUUCUAGCUGAGCAGCGUGCUCAUGAUGAAGAGAGGUGGCUGGCGCAAUCUUUUUUCAGUACCUUCUGGUAGACUGAGGCCUGUUUGUAGUACCAAGCUGCGAAAAUUAUCUAAAUCCUUUUCCAGAAG